AUGUCGACAUUCACCACCUACGUCGAUUCAGCCCAGCAAGGAGUUGCUUCGAGCUCGACAGGGAAUGCGCAAACCCAGCAGGCUCCGUCUAGGACGGCAGCAGCGGAGGACGAUGCAGGAAAGAAGAAGAAGACGGCGAAGAGGAGGAAGGUCAACCAUGCGUGCUUGUACUGCCGUCGCAGCCAUAUGACGUGCGACGAGGGGCGGCCGUGCCAGCGCUGUAUCAAGCGAGAGAUUGGGCACCUCUGUCAUGACGAACGGCGGCCCAAAGUAGGAGAUAAGCCGCCCAGUCAAACAGCGGGUGCCCCCAACUCCGUUGAGCUAGCGACGACAACCUAUGCUCCUGUCACCGUCUACCAAGGGCCGCCGCCCCAACCGACCUCCGCAUGGCCGAUGACGAUACCACCCUACAUAUACCAAGUGGAGAACUUUGGAAACGAGUUCUCCGUCCUCACCGACUUCUUGGAAACCUUGGAUGACGGUUCAUUUUUCACUCCUCCUACGACCAUCGCACCUUCUCUGGUCUCCUCUGCCUCCUUUCAUACGGCUAACCAGGCAUCAAACACGAAUUCCGCUCUCCCAGCCGCCCAGAUACAGCCCACGACUAUGCCCAACCAGAGCACUGUCACGGUUACAGCCACCAACGAUACGGCCGACGCCAACGGUGCCGCCAAUUCAUCGGAAGGAGCGUCGACGGAGGCCAUCCUGCCAGCAGCCACGAAGACGGAAAAGUUCCUGCUGACGGCCGCGGACCAGGAGCCUGGGUCGAGGGACGAACGAUUGAACCGGGUCAUCAGGAGCAAGUAUGAGGCUGGGUUGCUGAAGCCGUACAAUUAUGUCAAGGGGUACGCGAGGCUGUCGAGGUGGAUGGACCGCAAUGUUUCGCAGGAUUCGAAACAACAGAUCCUCCAACCGCUGUCUGUAUUACGACCAAAGUUCAGAGCUGUCGCUCAAUCCCUUCGAGACCUUGAUCUCGUCUUCAUCGAGGAGGCGUUCGAACGGAUGCUGCUGGACUACGAUCGUGUCUUCUCGGCCAUGGGUGUCCCUGCCUGCCUUUGGCGACGGACGGGUGAGAUAUACAAGGGCAAUCGAGAGUUCUCUGAGCUUGUCGGUGUGGAUGGGUAUAUGAUGCGCGAUGGUCGUCUAUGUAUCUAUGAACUCAUGGCGGAGGAAUCUGCUGUGAACUAUUGGGAGAAAUACGGUCACGUCGCUUUUGAUUCAAGCCAGAAAGCUGUACUCACGUCCUGCGUGCUACGAUAUAAACCUGUGCUCAACUCCGGAGCGACCAGCCCCAUCGUCAGUAAGGCGAACCUAGGCGGCCCGAUCGGAUCGAAGAAGGAAGAAGAGGAGCAGCCGAUGGAGGAGGGCUUCAUUAACUGCUGCUUCUCCUUCACGAUUAGGAGGGAUAAGUGGGGUAUACCCAGUAUGAUUGUCGGGAAUUUUAUCAAGUGUUAG